AUGCGCCUCCUAAUCACAUGCAUUUUGCUGGUCCUUGUAAUCGACUACAAUGCCGCCAUGUGGAUAAAGAAGUACUCCGAGAACUACCAUCGACCCACCUAUUACAAUCGAGGACAUAGUUCCAAAGACCACGUGGACUACAAUCGAGAGGCUCUGGAAGAGCGGGACAAACCGCCACCAGUAAAAUCCCGCAGUGUGUCUCCCUUCAGUGCGGAGAGGGACUUGAGCUACUAUGUGCACGUCCUGAACAGAGGAUCUGUUAUUUGUUCAGGUGCCAUGAUCUCCCGCAGAAUGGUCAUCACCUCCUCGCACUGCUUCACUCCGCCUGGAACCGACGCGGCUUAUGAAUUCACAGCGAAGCGCAUGUCUAUUCUUACAGGCAUUGAGUUCACCCCGGGUAAGUCUCCUCAUAUGCUGAUAGCAUUCUUCAUGCCGGUGAACAAGGACGAGUCAUUAGCCAACCAUGUGGCACUCCUCGCCCUGGCCCAAAAACUCGAACGGGACACGUUCCGAUAUAUCCCCCUUAACCGAAAAAGGCCCCAUGUGGGGGACGACGUUAAGAUGGCCUAUGUCGGCCCACCUAACUACCAGAUCAGACACUAUAAAACUCGGGUCCUUGACUUUGAUCGCUGUAAAGUUUACUAUAGCCUUAAGGAGCUCUUCCACGUGUCCGUUUUUGAGCAGAACUUUUUCUGCGUGCGGAACAAGCGACACUCAAAGAAGACCACCUGCAGCACCCGACCCGGAGAUCCAUUGGUUGUCGAUGACAAACUGGUGGGUAUUAAUAUCUAUGGCGAGCACUGCGAUGAGGACGACGACUCCACCAACAUGGAUAUAUACAUACCAAUUAGGGUCGUCAUACCCUUCAUCCAGACGGCUACCGAUGCUCUGAGGGCUUUCACGGCCUCCGGUCCCUUCAAUGAGUCGCUUCCAACUACUUUAACACCUCUGAUACAGUCUUUGGCCGACAAGAAGCCUAAUAUUUAUGUUGGUGAUCAUGUACGUGAAAUCCAAUUCGAUGAUCCUCUGAACGGCGGACCUGAUGAUGAUGGAAGGGCUUCAAAUGAGCACCACGCUAUUAUGAUUCCCGAUUACUAUUAG